AUGGUCUUAGAUGAAACAAUCGUUAUAGCGGCCAGCACAGGAACACCAGCAGGUGCAGUGGUUGCCAUCGUCAUCAUCGCUGUCAUCAUUUGGUGUGUGAGGAAGAGAAGGAGAGAUCAUUCUAGAGUCAGUUAUGAUCAUGAGGGUCAGAACAUGAAAAGGUCUGAGGAGAUUGAGCAUACAGAAAGUCACAUCGACGAUAGCUUGGUGAUGGUGGACAACGUCUGUUACAUCGGGUUUCUGGAGGAGGAAGAGCAGGAUCUUGGACAAACGGAAGCAGGGACCUCCACAAUUCAGGUGUUGAUGACAUCUACAGACUCAGAGCGCCUGGAAGAAGAGAUGUCUGAGGAGAUUGAGCAUACAGAAAGUCACAUCGACGAUAGCUUGGUUAUGGUGGACAACGUCUGUUACAUCGGGUUUCUGGAGGAGGAAGAGCAGGAUCUUGGACAAACAGGACCUCCACAAUUCAGGUGUUGA